AUGCUAGCAAUUGUAUUUGCUCAGGAUAAGUUCCACCAAUACACAUUUGGUCGACAUAUAACCAUUGAAAGUGACCACAAACCUCUUGAAGCAAUAAUGGCUAAACCUCUCUCAGCUGCUCCUCGAAGAUUGCAGGGAAUGAUGUUGCGUAUACAAAACUAUGACAUAACUGUGAUUUAUAAAAAGGGAAAAGAAAUGUAUCUGGCCGAUACACUUUCAAGAGCUCAUAUCAAGUCGUCAGCAAACAGUCAAGGGGAGUUUGAACUCAUAAAUAUGGCCGGUUUCCUAGCAAUUGGGGAAGAAAAACUACAGAAACUAAGGGAAGGAACCGAGAAAGAUAGGACGCUUCAAAAACUUCUAAUCACAAUUAAUCAAGGUUGGCCAGAAGGCAAGCAUCUUCUACCAUAUCAGCUAACGCCUUAUUAUAAUUUCAGAGACGAAAUGUCAGUCCAAGAGGGGCUUAUAUUCAAAGGUGAAAGAGUAGUAGUGCCCAAGUCACUACGACUAGAAAUGAAAAAAGAAGUUCACUCUACACACUCAGGCAUUGAAGGAUGUCUAAAAAGAGCUCGUGAGAGUUUAUUCUGGCCAGGAAUGACUGGUGACAUAAAGCAUUAUAUUUCAACUUGUGAAAUAUGUCAAGCUUUUCAACCCAACCAACAGAAAGAGACUUUAAUGAAUCAUGAAGUUCCCACACACCCCUGGGAAAAGGUUGGUGUUGAUCUAUUCACACUUGACGGCAAAGACUAUCUUGUGUGUGUGGACUACUACAGUAACUUCUGUGAAGUUGAUCGCCUAGAGAACACUAGUUCAGAAACUGUCAUAAGAAAACUUAAAGCCCAUUUCGCUAGAUAUGGCAUCCCAUCUACAGUGGUCUCUGACAAUGGACCUCAGCUAUCUUCGGACAGCUUCGCAAAAUUCGCCAAUGAUUGGAGUUUCAACCAUUUGACGAGCAGUCCCCACUAUCCCAGAUCAAAUGGGAAAGCUGAAUCAGCCGUGAAGACUGUAAAGACAUUGUUUCUUAAAAAUAAAGAUCAGUUCAUGGCUUUACUUAAUCAUAGAAGCACCCCGAAUAAAACUGGUACUAGCCCAUCACAGGCAUUCUUCAACAGAAGAAUCAGAACCUUGCUGCCUAUAGCUAAAAGCCUGUUGAAACCUCAAGUUCUGGAUCCUCAGAAACAUAGAAAAGCGCUGAAAGAAAACCAGAGGAGAUCAGCGAUUUACUACAACUCCCACGCUAAAGAUUUACCUCCCCUUGCUAAGGGUGAAGAGCUUUUCCGAGGGUCUCAAAUUGAUGUUCAGAGGUCUCCUGAUGGCCCUUUCAGAAGGUAG